AUGCUCUGAUCUGGUACUCGUGCAAACGUCUCCUUGACCCUUUCUUGUUUGUGUGUAUUCGUGUUUUGGUGAGUCCUGGCGCGUGUCGUGGACAUCCUCUCUUAUUUCAGUCAUGAACGGUGUAGAGGCCUCAGCUGCUGCUCCAAUGGAGGUGGCACCUGAUGCAGUCAAAGCUGGCGAUAUGACCAGCAAGGACUACUACUUUGAUUCCUAUGCCCACUACGGUAUUCACGAGGAAAUGCUUAAGGAUGAGGUGCGUACCAAGACCUACCGCGAUGCCGUCUACCAGAACAAGCACCUUUUCAAGGGCAAGGUUGUCUUAGACGUUGGCUGCGGCACUGGCAUCCUCAGCCUGUUCUGUGCCAAGGCUGGUGCUGCCAAGGUUAUUGGAGUCGAUUGCUCCAGUAUCAUUGACCACGCAAAGGUCAUCGUCAAGGACAACAACUACGACCACGUCGUCACCCUCAUCAAGGGUAAGAUCGAGGAGGUUGAGUUGCCCGUCGAGAAGGUUGACAUCAUCAUCAGCGAGUGGAUGGGCUACUGCCUGUUCUACGAGUCCAUGUUGGACACCGUCCUCGUUGCCCGCGACAAGUGGCUGAAACCCGAUGGUCUCAUCUUCCCCGACCAUGCAUCUCUGCGGAUAUGCGGCAUUGAGGACCAAAGCUACAAGGAGCAGAAGAUCAACUGGUGGGAGCGUGUGUAUGGUUUCAACAUGUCUGUGCUUCGCGAUGUUGCACUAAGGGAGCCCCUGGUGGACAGUGUGGAUGCACAGCAGAUCAUGACCGACAGCUAUCUCCUGAAGGAGGUCGAUCUCUACACAGUCAAGGUCGAAGACUUGAACUUCUCCGCACCGUUCACUCUGCACACCCGUCGCCAGGACUUCCUCGACGCCUUUGUCUGCUAUUUCAUUGUGUCAUUCAACAAGUGCCAUCGCAUCAAGCGGAUAAACACCAGCCCGGACAGUCGCUACACACAUUGGAAGCAGACCGUGUUCUACCUUGAUGAGCCCUUGACCUGCAAGAACGGCGAGGAGAUGACUGGAAACUUCUCUGUCACCAAGAACGACCGUAACAAGCGUGACUUGGACUUCAAGAUUGACUACAAUUUCCAGGGUGAGAUCAUGCAGGUUGAGCAGGCUAAGAACUUCCGUAUGAGAUAGGUAUUCAGCACGCCAUCACCGGUAUCGCUGACGACGCUCUUCGUGUCGUUUCUGGCACUGCCUUCACCGUCACCGCGUCCUCCACUGUACGCUCAUUGUUCCGAUUGCUCUGCUCUUCUCGUGGCAGUCUUGAGUUUCAACGGUGACGCCGGUGCCAUUCUGUGUUGGGUGACGCCCAGCGGCUUUACUUAACCAUGCGCACCCUCUGCUUCACAGAGUAGCCACUGUGCUCCUGCUGUCUGUGUGAUCUCUGUUAUUAUGUGUUGGAGUCGCUCAGGCAACGCUUAUCGUGUCCGGCGCGAGCAGCUGCAGUAGCAGUGUUUCUCACAGGAGCCUUUCUGUCUGGUAGUGCUAUUUUCUGUUCUCUUCUUUGGCAGUGGCCGCUCUUUCCUAACCGGUGUAGCACGGUUUAGCUGUUCGUGCCCAUGCGCUGACGUGAUGGUCUCCUGUAUGUAAUGAAAUGACCUUUGCCACACCGCUGUUACCGCCAACUUGAGUCCUAACUCGUUGCUCUUCCCCCCGGCAUACUGACGUGUUUGCAGCAGCAGCUCUCACGUCGUCCAUUGUUGAGCUGGCAUGUCUCUCUCUCUCUCUCUCUCUCUCUCUCUCUCUUUUUCUCUCUCUCUCUCUUUCUCUCUCUCUCUCUCUCUCUCUUUCUCUCUCUCUCUCUCUCUCUCUCUCUCUCUCUCUCUCUCUCUUUCUCUCUCUCUCUCUCUCUCUCUCUCUCUCUUUCUCUUUCUCUUUCUCUUUCUCUCUCUCUCUCUCUCUCUUUCUCUCUCUUUCUCUCUCUCCUACACACAUACAUACUACAGGUAACAAAGUACAUCUUCAUUGCCUUGCAUACAACACACAUCCUGUUUUUUUCUACUCUUCUGGCCUCUGCUCUUCUUUCAGCUUUGUCUUGAUGCCUGCUCCUCUUUGUACAUCGUUUCGUACUACAUUCCGGUUUACACUUGGGGAGAGUGAAUGUUCCAUCCGGCUUUAUAUGCACAUUCGAGAGUUGUUUCCAGUCUCGGGUUCUGUUUAUUCUCGGUACGUUUGCUGUGGCAAAACUUUUUUUGAGAUCUCAUCUUCGAUGAUUUAUCUAUCAAUUUUCUGUCGCCAAAUACUGCCAUGGCCACUGUCGUCUCUGUGGUUCUUAUGAAUGUGUGUUCCGUCACCACAA